ACGUGCGUCAGCGGGGGUGCAUAUGUGCUGUGCUGUUGGUGUUGGCCUGAUACUUCUCAACACCAACAUCAGUCCCUUUCGAAAUUUUGAUCAAAAUCAAAUAGAGCUUAACGAAUUUCAGCGUGAUUUGAGCAUUUCCAUCUUGAUUAGCUCAAGGAAGAGUAUUAUUUUUUUUUCGCCGCGCUCGAUCCCCAUCCGAAUCUGGACCUAGAAUAGGGAGUCUUUCGGGGAAGGGAAAUUGUUACAAGCUUCAGUGUGCCAAUUUUGCUUGAAAAUGCCAGUAAUCAAGGAGCAAGAUCGAGAUGAAAGCGAUGCCGAGGAUAUGGAGCAGGACUCGAAUGACUCGGACAAAUCUUCGUCCAGUCUGGAUCCAAGUGAUUCGUCAGACUCGGACGAUAGCUCAGAAAUGGAUGACGAAACCUGUGCUAGACGGAGAGUGGAGUGCAUAGAGGAUUUGGCAGAUCUUGAGCGCCAAUUCAGUCUCAUUAAAGAGCAAUUAUAUCGAGAAAGAGUGAAUCAAGUGGAAGCUAAAUUGGUAGAGGUUCGCUGUGGAAAAGCUCAUGAGUACCUGCAGCCCUUGGAAGACCUCGAGGAGAACAUGAAAGUUCGAAUGAAUGUGGCUGAAGUGCUGAAGAAAUUCCGCCUCGAUAAUAUAAUGAACAAAUUUGAAGCAGAGGAGCUCGCAUCUCACCAAAACUUUGAAAGCGAGAAAGCUUUACUGAGGGACAUGAUCAACAGUGACCUGGAGGAGAAGAUCCGGCGCUUGGAAGACGAUCGAAACAACACAGACAUUUCCUCAGGUCUCUGGAUGGAGAGUUUGUCAAAGAGAUCCAAGAAGAACCGCCAUGGGACAACUGGUGGCGACAUUGGUUCUGCACCCAAGGACACUUCGCCUGCGGAGCGUCGUCGGAAACCAGUUACUGUGUCUGGCCCUUAUGUGGUGUACAUGCUGACAGACUCUGAAAUCCUGGAAGACUGGACGGCCAUUAAGAAGGCUCUGACCAAGAGAAAAUCAGACGCCUCUUUCAUCUACUGACAUUACCAUUUUUUGUAAAGUGAAAUAAGAUGAGAAUCUGCUACGAAAGGACUGACAAGUUAAUUGAUUUCUUUUUUGAAACUGUGUACAAGUUCAAAAUUAUUGUGUGAAUUUUUUAAUAAGGGUUUUUGUAUUUCCAGUCAAACCUUUUAUAAUUUUCCAACAGUUCAAUUUUUAUUUUAGUUCUUAGUGGUUCAUCUUCGAAGAAAAAAAAAACACUACCGACAUUUCUACUGAAGACACGCCAGUUACAAAAGUUUCAAAAUCAGUUGGUGUCAAGUGAUUUAUUUUUUAUCACAGACAGUUGGAAUAUUUUAAUAUCCAGCGUUCAAACCUCACAUCAUGUGGGGACAAAUUAUAACAAAAGGUAACUUGCACCUUUCAAUUAGAACAAAAGCUUGCUCAAAGGGAAUGCUUUUAAUU